AUGCCUCUUCAUUCUACUCUUUGUGAGAUUGCAAUUCGUGCAAAGUCACAAAAAAGAUUUUUUUUAAAGUACAUUUUAGCCGUCAAAAAUUGGCAAACUAGAUUUUUCAUGUCUGUUGGAUCUGAAAAGACGGACAAAUUGGAUAGUGAAUAUGGUGUAAUUACAGAAGGAAAAGCCAGCAUUCUUUUCCCCAAAAAUAACAAAGUAUUUUACAACAAUGUUCAACAAUUUAAUCGUGAUUUAUCUAUCGCGGCUAUUAAAAUCUGGAGUGAGAUAUUUUCAGAGGAAAAACAAAAAAAGGCGCAGCAAAAGAAGGAUUCAGAUAUAAAAACUCAAUUUCCAAGGUUCGUUCCGUUCAAAUUCACUUUGUCUACUGGUCUUUGUGAGCAAUUUGUUUCAAUCGUUCACUUACUUAAUGCUCCAUCAUAUAAGACAGCAUAUACUUUCACUAUUUUAGAAGCAUUGGCAGCUAGUGGAUUGCGAUCAAUUCGUUACGCAAAGGAACUUUCCAAUAUUAAGUAUAUAGUUGCUAACGAUUUAGAUCUUGAUGCCGUGAAUUUGAUUAAUAGAAAUGUAGAGUAUAAUGAAUUAAGCAAAGAUUUUGUUAGAGCAAACCAGGGAGAUGCUUGGUUGGUCUUUUUAAAUGUUAUAUAUCCAGCACCAUUCAUAGAUGGUGCUGUGCAAGCUGUAAAAGAAGGAGGCCUUCUUUGUAUUACUUGUACUGAUUUGGCCAAUCUUACUGGUUCAAAUUACCCUGAAAAAUGUUAUGCAAACUACGGUUCAAUCCCUGUAAAAGGAGAAUUCUGUCAUGAAAUGGCGCUCCGCAUUCUCGUUCAUACACUUUCAACAUCUGCUGCUAAAUAUCGUCGUCAUAUCAUCCCAUUAUUAUGUUGCAGCAUUGACUUUUAUAUUCGUAUUUUCGUUCGAGUCAUUACAUCACCUGUUGAACCACUUGCAAAAGUAACCGGAAAAAACUCAUUUGUACCAAUUACAGGACCGAUUGUGAAUAGUAAUUGUGAAUAUUGUGAAAAUAAGUUUCAUGUAGGUGGUCCAAUAUGGUCGCAUUCUAUUCAUGAUAAAGAGUUUGUUCGUAGAAUGUUAGAACAUGUCAAAGAGUCAAGCAAAGAAACAUAUCAGACACAUUCAAGAAUGUUGGGCAUGUUGUCUGUUGUUAUGGAGGAAUUGGAUGUCCCUCUUUUUCACAGCCUUCCCGCUCUCGCUG